AAACAUUUUUUUAGAAUAUCAAAUUUAAAUCAUCUUGAGUUUACCUUUGUGAUCGAGUAUCAUUGAAUGUUUUUAAUACAUAUAUUAGUUUUUUAUUGAUUUAGUCCUGUAUAACCAAAAUUACUUAAAAAUUUCACACUUUUGCUCAAUCAACCAUCAUGAAUUAACUUUAAAAAACACACAUGAUGUAUGUUUAUGACAAUCUUACUGAUUUGAUUAUUUUAAUCAAACAAGCUGCGAUGUCGACCAUUGCACUCUAGGGGUCAGUAUGCACCAAUGAACAAAAUGUCCCUCUUUCCCUCCCAUUUUACAUCAACACACGCACCAGAUUUUAGUAUUUGUGAAGCUCCGGUGGAAAUACUCAUUCACACAUCUGUCCUGUAAAAGGCUUUGAAUAACCAGGGAGACUAUAACAAUUUUCUAGAGUGAGACGUUAUUUUCUUGGAAUUUUUGUUACAAUGGAGAGCAAAAAAUUAGCGCCAUUAGGCCACAGCCUCGCCUUUUUUUUCUUUUUCCUCCACACCAUCAAUGGAGACGUGAGCUACUCUAUCCCAGAGGAGAUGAAACGUGGAUCUGUCGUUGGAAAUAUCGCCAAGGACUUGGGACUUAGCUUGGACCAGUUUUCUGCUCGUAAAGCACGCAUUAAUCCCGGGGGUAACAACGUUCAGCACUGCGGCAUCAACCUCAACACUGGUGACUUGGUUGUUCAGGAGAGGAUUGACAGAGAAGGGCUUUGUGGCAAAAAGGCUUCAUGUGUUCUUAAACAAGAACUUGUGCUGGAAAAUCCUUUAGAGCUGCAGCAUAUUAAUAUACGUGUUGUGGAUAUUAAUGAUAAUUCACCACAGUUUAAUGAGGAGUCAUUGAAAAUAGAAAUACAGGAGUCUGCAGACAAAGGAGAACGUUUUCUGCUUAGAGAAGCACAUGAUGGAGAUAUUGGUGAAAAUUCUGUUCAAAGCUACACUUUACAGCAGAAUGAUCAUUUCAAAUUAAAUGUAAACACUAAACCCGGUGGACGGAAGUACUGUGAAUUGGUCUUAGACAAAGAAUUAGAUAGAGAAGAUGAAAAAGACAUCAUGCUCUCUCUGACUGCAUAUGAUGGCGGCUCUCCUCAGAGAUCAGGUACAGUAGUCAUACAUGUCACUGUGCUGGAUGCUAAUGAUAAUGUACCAGUGUUUAGUCAGACAGUCUAUAAAGCCAGUCUGCCUGAAAACUCUCCUCUUGAUACAUUGGUGAUCACAGUGAGUGCAAGUGAUGCAGAUGAAGGAUUAAAUAGUGAAAUUACAUAUGCAUUUGAUCAUGUUUCUGAUGAAAAUAUUAAUGUAUUUACAUUACAUCCCAAAACUGGAGAUGUAAGAGUGGCUGGUGUUGUUGAUUAUGAGAAAAUGUCAUCAUAUGAAAUGCAAAUAAGCGCAAUUGACGGCCUCGGCUUGAUUUCAUAUAUUUCUUUGAUUAUUGAAGUUAUUGACAAAAAUGACAACGCUCCUGUGAUUAAUUUAAACUCACUGUCUAAUCCAGUACCAGAGAAUGUGUCACCCGGUACAGAGGUGGGCAUCAUUAAUGUUCAGGACAGAGACUCUGACCAGAAUGGACAAGUCCGCUGCUCCAUUCAUCAAAAUGUCCCCUUUAAGUUAGUUCCUUCUAUUAAAAACUAUUAUUCUCUGGUGACUACUGGACAACUGGACCGUGAACUAGUGUCUGAUUACAACAUUACAAUCAGUGCCACUGACGAGGGCUCUCCUCCUCUGUCCUCCUCUAAAAGUCUUCACUUAUCUGUAGCAGACAUCAAUGACAACCCACCUGUGUUUGAGGAACAGUCUUACAGUGCAUAUGUGAGUGAAAAUAACAAAGCUGGCUCCACUUUAUGUUCCGUUAGUGCUGGAGACCCUGACUGGAGACAGAACGGUACCGUGAUUUAUUCUCUGUUAGCUGCUGAGGUGAACGGUGCCCCGGUGUCCUCCUAUGUGUCUGUUAACGGAGACACAGGUGUGAUCCACGCUGUCAGGUCAUUUGAUUAUGAACACUUGAGGAGUUUUAAAGUCCACGUCAUGGCCAGAGACAACGGUUCUCCUCCGCUGAGCAGCAACGUGAGCGUCAGUGUGUUCAUAUCGGAUGUGAAUGACAACUCUCCUCAGAUACUGUACCCCUCCCCAGAGGGUAACUCCUUCAUGACAGAGCUGGUCCCCAAAGCUGCACACGGAGGCUCUGUGGUGUCCAAAGUGAUAGCGGUGGACGCAGACUCUGGACAGAACGCCUGGCUGUCCUAUCAUAUAGUCAAGUCCACUGAUCCGGGACUUUUCACCAUCGGUCUCCACAGUGGAGAGAUCAGGACCCAGCGGGACAUUUCUGAAUCUGACAGCAUGAAACAGAACCUGAUUGUGGCAGUGAAAGAUAACGGACAGCCCCCUCUCUCUGCCACCUGCUCCAUGUAUUUACUUAUUUCUGACAACUUGGCUGAGGUGCCAGAACUGAAGGACAUUUCUUAUGAGGAGAAGAAUUCCAAACUGACGUCUUAUCUGAUCAUCGCGCUGGUGUCUGUGUCCACCUUCUUUCUGACCUUCAUCAUUAUCGUCCUGGGUGUGAGGUUUUGUCGCAGGAGAAAGCCCAGACUGUUGUUUGAUGGAGCAGUUGCCAUCCCCAGCGCGUAUCUGCCUCCUAAUUACGCAGAUGUUGACGGCACAGGAACUUUACGCAGCACCUACAACUAUGACGCCUACUUGACAACAGGUUCUAGAACCAGUGACUUUAAGUUUGUGUCUUCUUACAAUGACAACACGCUGCCUGCUGACCAGACUCUGAGGAAAAGUCCUUCUGAUUUCGAUGAAGAGCUUCGUGACUCGUUUGAUCCUUUGGAGGUAGGAACGUUUAUCAAUAUGAAUCAAAUUCUGCUGAUUAAGCUAAAACCUGCACUUUUACAAACAAACAAAACAUAAUUAUUCAUUGCACCAUUCCUCAUGAA